AUAGGAGAGAAGCCUUUCUCAAGUUCUGUAUGUGGAAAUGGUUUUAUCACUAAAGCAGUACUUGUCUGUCAUCAGAGAAUUCACACAGGAGAGAAGCCUUUCUUAUGUAGUAAAUGUGGGAAAUGUUUUGCCGGGAAAGGAGAACUUGCCCUUCAUCAGAGAACUCACACAGGAGCGAAACCAUUCUCAUGUUCUGAAUGUGGAAAAAGUUUCUUAAUAAAUUCAGAGCUUGUCCGUCAUCAGAGAACUCACACAGGAGAGAAACCAUUUUCAUGUUCUGUAUGUGGAAAUAGUUUUGGGCAACAUUCAAAUCUAGUUAGACAUCAGAGAACUCACACAGGAGAGAAGCCUUUCUUAUGUAGUAAAUGUGGGAAAUGUUUUGCCGGGAAAGGAGAACUUGCCCUUCAUCAGAGAACUCACACAGGAGCGAAACCAUUCUCAUGUUCUGAAUGUGGAAAAAGUUUCUUCAUAAAUUCAGAGCUUGUCCGUCAUCAGAGAACUCACACAGGAGUGAAACCAUUCUCAUGUUCUGAAUGUGGAAAAAGUUUCUUCAGAAAUUCAGAGCUUGUCCGUCAUCAGAGAACUCACACAGGAGAGAAACCAUUUUCAUGUUCUGAAUGUGUAAAAUGUUUUUACACAAAUGCAGAGCUAGUUUGUCAUCAAAGAACACACACAGGAGAGAAACCGUUCACAUGUUCUGAAUGUGGAAAAGGUUUUGUCAAAAAGGCACAUCUUGUCCGUCAUCAGAGAACACACACAGGAGAGAAACCAUUCUCAUGUUCUGAAUGUGAAAAAUGUUUUGUCACAAAUGCACAUCUUGUCCGUCAUCAGAGAACACACACAGGAGAGAAACCGUUCACGUGUUCUGAAUGUGAAAAAUGUUUUGGGACAAAUGCAGAGCUUGUCUGUCAUCAGAAAACUCACACAGGAGCGAAACCAUUCUCAUGUUCUGAAUGUGGAAAAAGUUUCUUCAUAAAUUCAGAGCUUGUCCGUCAUCAGAGAACGCACACAGGAGAGAAACCAUUCUCAUGUUCUGAAUGUGAAAAAUGUUUUUACACAAAUGCAGAGCUAGUUCGUCAUCAAAGAACACACACAGGAGAGAAACCGUUCACAUGUUCUGAAUGUGAAAAAUGUUUUGUCAAAAAGGCACAGUUUGUCCGUCAUCAGAGAAAACACACAGGAGAGAAACCGUUCACAUGUUCUGAAUGUGAAAAAUGUUUUGUCACAAACGCAAGUCUUGUCCGUCAUCAGAGAACACACACAGGAGAGAAACCGUUCACAUGUUCUGAAUGUGAAAAAUGUUUUGUCGCAAACACAAGUCUUGUCCGUCAUCAGAGAACACACACAGGAGAGAAACCGUUCACAUGUUCUGAAUGUGAAAAAUGUUUUGUCACAAACACAAGUCUUGUCCGUCAUCAGAGAACACACACAGGAGAGAAACCGUUCACGUGUUCUGAAUGUGAAAAAUGUUUUGGGACAAACACAAGUCUUGUCCGUCAUCAGAGAACACACACAGGAGAUAAACCAUUCUCAUGUUCUGAAUGUGAAAAAUGUUUUGUCACAAACGCAAUUCUUGUCCGUCAUCAGAGAACACACACAGGAGAGAAACCGUUCUCAUGUUCUGAAUGUGGAAAAUGUUUUGGGACAAAUGCAGAGCUUGUCUGUCAUCAGAGAACACACACAGGAGAGAAACCAUUCUCAUGUUCUGAAUGUGGACAAUGUUUUGUCACAAAUGCAAUUCUUGUCCGUCAUCAGAGAACACACACAGGAGAGAAACCAUUCUUAUGUUCUGAAUGUGGAAAAUGUUUUGGGACAAAUGCAGAGCUUGUCUGUCAUCAGAGAACUCACACAGAGCUAGUUCGUCAUCAGAGAAAACAUACAGGAGAGAAACCGUUCUCAUGUUGA